UUUAGAAAGUAAUGCUUCCGUAUUCAUUAUUAUACAAUAAGCCUAAACAUUCUAAUGUUGCAACUUAAGUAUUCUAAAUCAUUAUUACCAUUUGCAAAGAGUGAUGAUCUUGUAAAAAACGAACCUUGUUCUAUUGUUUUGUGGUAACCGUAAACAUUACAAGCUACCGUUAUUCGCCAACUCACAUCUAAUUAGAAAAUAAAUUGAAAUGCGUCGAUCAAAAGGCUAUCAAGACUUAGACGAAAAUGCUAGCGAAUUACGGCAGCCUGUGGCACCAAUGCCACCACCUCAAGAAAUUGAAAUGGCUUCUGUAUCAGUGAUCCCUGAUGAUACUUUUACAGUGACUCAAGCAGUGAAUGCACUGGGAUUUGGCUGGUUCCAGGUUAAGUUAUCGCUAUACACUGGUUUAUGUUGGAUGGCAGAUUCUAUGGAAAUGACUAUAUUAAGUAUACUGUCACCAGCAUUACACUGUGAAUGGAAUAUAAGCAAAUAUCAGCAAGCUCUUACAACUACAGUAGUUUUUAUGGGCAUGAUGCUUAGUUCCACAUUUUGGGGCAACAUCAGUGAUAGAUAUGGCAGAAAAAUUGCUUUAAGCAUGUGUGGAGUUUUAUUAUUUUACUAUGGAUUGUUGAGUGCUAUAGCUCCAAACUUUCUAUGGCUGUUAUUCUUAAGAGGUCUAGUUGGAUUUGCAAUAGGAUGUGUCCCACAAUCAGUAACAUUGUACGCGGAAUUUUUGCCGACAAAACAACGCGCGAAAUGCGUUGUUCUCCUUGAUUGUUUCUGGGCAUUAGGGGCAUGUUUGGAAGUAGCUGUUGCAUUAGUUGUAAUGCCAACUCUUGGUGUACAUUGGCUGCUCGCGUUGUCCACAAUACCAUUGCUUAUAUUUGCUAUUAUUUGUCCAUGGCUUCCAGAAUCGGCUCGCUUUCAUGUCGCCAGCGGUCAGCCGGAUAAGGCUUUAGCUACACUUGAAAAAAUAGCCCGAGAUAAUGGACGUCCGAUGUUACUAGGACGUUUAGUUUGUGACGACUCAGUUGGGAUUGGGCAGCGCGGCCGACUAAAGCACCUUUUGAUACCACACUUGCGAAAUACUAGCUUGCUGCUAUGGGUUAUAUGGAUGUCAUGCGCAUUCUGUUACUACGGGCUAGUGUUAAUGACGACAGAGCUGUUUGAAGUUGGUCCGAGUGGUGGCGAGCAAACGUGCGCCGCGGACUGCCGCCCGUUGCAGACUACCGACUAUAUGGACUUAUUGUGGACUACCCUCGCUGAAUUCCCUGGCAUAUUUGCAACUAUUUUCAUCAUUGAGAAGUUUGGCAGAAAGAGAACUAUGGCGAUACAAUUUGUUAUUUUCGCCAUGUGUGUCUGUCUUUUGGUAUAUAACAGCAACCGCACAUUUUUGACAUGUAUUCUAUUUCUGGCUCGCGGUAUUAUCGCUGGCUUAUUCCAAGCGGCCUACGUUUACACUCCAGAGGUGUACCCAACAGCAUUGCGUUCCACAGCGGUGGGCGCUUGCAGUGGUGUGGCGCGGUUGGGCGCCAUGGUGACACCGUAUGUUGCACAGGUUCUAUUGAAAAACUCGAUAGUUAUCGCGAUUGGGGUGUACUCGCUAGCAGCUCUAUUGGCUGCUAUAGCGUGUCUCGCGCUGCCCAUAGAGACGAAAGGCAGAGAAAUGCGAGACACCAUUACAGCUACAAGCUAAAUCUCCAAGACUGAAUGUUUAUACAAUGUAUACUUUAUAUAACCGUCAAAUCGUUAACCAAAAAAAAAAUAUUAGGUAAUAGGAACUCUUCCUCCAGCUCGUUCAAGACUUAAGUCUUGACAGAAGCAACCAGUUUAUUCUUAAUCCAUUUAUCUAUUAUUUUUUUUAUUAUUAAAAAGGAACUCCCGAAUUUUAUAAGUGUAAGUAUAGAUUACUAAAAGUUUUAUAUAAAAAUACUAAGUAUUUAUUUAAUUGCUUUAUUUACACAUUAACUGAUCUGUAAGAUAUAAUCUAGAAUCUAGAUACUCAUCUAUUUGGAACGGACUUUUUUUCUGUUUCGCUGUAUCCAAUUGACUUGCGUAGGACCUAUCAAAGUCUCAAUUCUUAUCAAAACUAUACUGAGUUUAAAAAGAACAGUCUUCCAUGAAAUAAUUUGCCUAAAAUCACAUUUUGUGAGAUUUUUUUUUUUUAUAUAGCCGUAGUUAUUUGUCAAUUUUUAUACAUCGUAUUGAAUAUAUAAUCAAAGUGAAAUUAUGUUUUAAACCGUCCAUUUUUUUUAGAUUAAGAUAAAUAAAAUUCUUAUGAUAAAACGAAAUGUAUGUGUUAAGAAAAUUGAAUCUCAUAUUUACAAUGUUAUCACUAAUUUAUCUAACAUGGCAUGUGCAUGCUGAAUUUUUUAUCUAAUAAUGUACUAGUAAUAAGACUGAGAAAACUGUAUAGUUCAUAUUAUUACAUACUCGUUAAUAUUCUUUUGAUAUCUAUCUAUUAAUUCUUAGAUUUAAGAUCUGCUUAACGAAGCUCAAAAUAUGACCCGUGUAAAUGGGAAAGAAAUAAGUAUUUCAUUUCUCUUCUGAAUAACUGCAGGAAUGUUGUGGAUCCGUCUUAGAUAAUACAAUGUAAGACUGUUUUUACUAUUAUUGAGCUAUAAUUAUACAAUUAAGUAAAAAUCUACAGUAUUACUAAGAAAUAUCUCUCAUCUACAUUAUUACGUAUAUACAUAUUUUAUAUGAACAUGAAUAGUGAUAUUGUAUCAAUUAGAUAUUUCCGCCUUACUGAUGAAAAUACUGCUCUAUUUUCUUAAUAAAAUAAUGUUUUACUUUUAACUUUUUAUAGUUACUAACAUGAAUGAGUUGUCGGUUUUUUGUUUUUAGAACAAGAAAAAUACAGGCACAAUAUACAGAUACAUACAGUAAGGAAACUUCAUAUAAAAUGUUCGAAAUGGCUCCCCCCCCAUUAAGCGUGUUUACGAGUGUAUUGAGGGGGAUCGAUAGUAGCGGGGGACACAUCCACAGACUUUGAAUGACAAAUAUACAUAGUAUAGAAAAAAAUUUUAAAGUGAUGUCAUUUCACAUUAAAUAAAUAUCGAUUGUUUCAGUUUGUAGCCC